AACUUAUUUCUUUUAAGAAAAAUAUUAAAGUGUAAUGAUGGCUAGAACACCCCACGAGCCAUUCACACAUCAACUUUUAUCAUUCCCCUAGAAGAAGAAAAAACUAUAGCUUAUAUCUUAAAAUCUCACUAUCUCCACUUCCUCCUUCAAAUCAAAUCAUUCACUUCGCUUUGCCUUCUCCAAUGGCUCUUGAAACUUUCUUAAUAAAACUCAAAAACGCCAUUUCCUCCAAAUCCACUUCUCAACGACCAACCAGAUCAUCAUCUCCUCCGAUCACCACCUCUUCCUCCGUCGGAGUUUUAUCCUUCGAGGUGGCACGUCUCAUGACAAAACUCCUCCACCUCACUCACUCUCUCACCGACUCCAACCUCCUUAGUCUACGAGACCACUCUCUGUCCUUGGAAGGUCUCACCAAGAUCGUCACCGGCGAUGAAACUUUCCACCUCAGCCUCGUCUGUGCUGAGCUCGCUGAUAGUCUCGCCCAUACUGCUGAUUCUGUUUCCCGUCUGAGCAACCGUUGCACCACCCCGAGCCUCCGCUCUUUCCACCGCUUGUUCCAUGAGUUCGCCGACAUGGGUCGUGACCCUCAUGGAUGGGUCAUCAGCUCUAAAGAUACUGAAUCCAAGAACAAGAAAAUCGAAAGAUAUGUGAGCGUGACAACAGCUUUGUAUAGAGAGAUGGAAGAGAUGACGAGUUUAGAAAACUCCCUGAGAAAACACAGUUCACAGAUUGGGAUCGAAUGCGAAGAAGACAACAAGAAAGAAGCGAUGAGAGUGAUGGAUCUACAGCAAAAGAUCGAGAGACAGAGACAACACGUGAAGUAUUUGAAAGACAGAUCUCUAUGGAACAAAAGCUUCGACACGGUCGUGUUGAUUCUCGCGAGAUCGGUGUUCACCGCACUCGCGAGGCUCAAAACCGUCUUCUCCUCAGCCGCAGCAGCAUCCAGCCUUGGCCCAACCGUCGUGUCUUUUCUCCCACGCUCUCUCUCUUCUUCCUCUUCAUCGAUGAACCUCGUCCACCCGAGCCCAAACGACGAGGAGAGGCUCAAAACGGCGUCGUCCUCUGCUUUCCUCGAAGAAAGCUCGAGGCUCUUGAAACCUCCCGAGACAACUCUGGGGGGAUCAGGCGUGGCGCUUCACUACGCGAAUCUUAUCGUGGUGAUGGAGAAGAUGAUAAAGCAGCCGCAGUUGGUGGGUCUCGACGCGAGAGACGAUCUGUACUCGAUGUUGCCGGGGAGCGUGAGGUCGUCGCUCAGGGCGAGGCUAAAAGGAGUUGGGUUCACGGCGACGGACGGUGGCUUAGCGGGGGAGUGGAAAGCGGCGUUAGGUAGGAUAUUACGGUGGUUGUUGCCGUUGGCACAGAAUAUGAUUAGGUGGCAGAGCGAGAGAAGUUUCGAGCAGAAACAUGUGGCGACGGCGGUGAAUAGUCAGAACAGAGUGAUGUUGGUUCAGACACUUGUGUUUGCGGAUAGAGUUAAGACAGAAGCAGCCAUUACUGAGCUUCUUGUUGGGUUGAAUUAUAUUUGGAGAUUUGAAAGAGAGAUGACUGCUAAAGCUCUGUUUAAUCUGCACUCUCCUCCCAAUCACAGCUAAUAUUUACUGUAGAGUUUUGUUUGUUUCUUUCUUGGUGGGUUUUUUCUGGUUUCUUCUUCUUUGUUUAAUUUGAUGAUACGCAUUAUGGAAAAAAUGAUAAAGUUAUGUGGGUGGGGUUAUUUUCUUGACAUUUGAGAAAUUAUAUAUAAAGAUUGUAAACAAUGUAGAUAAUGGAAUGAAUUUGAG